AUGCUGUCACGACCUCCACUAGGUGGCUCUGGGACGACAGUGAAAAUUGUCAAGUGCUUUCUUAGCGACAAGCAAAAGUACAAUCGAGGCCGCCUGAUGACGGGCGACAGCGUUCCGCCGAUCCGCGGUAAUUACGGAAGUGUUGCAGGUGGUGGACCAUGGGUCUUCGGCAUGGUGUGCGCCACCGGAUGGGAGCUGCGACUUUUCAAUGUUCAACCGGGGAGCGUUAUUCCAGUGUCCAAGGGGCCGCAUGCGAUUAUCCGUGCGUGCCUUAUCCUCACCCUGGCCACUAGCGCCCUCGCUGGCUACACAGGCCUCGGCUAUGGUUUGGGCUACGGCCUCGGCUACGGUCUGGGCUAUGGCUACGGAGCUUCUUACCUGGCCGCUCCAGCUGUCGCCACCUACCACGCCCCAGCAGUAGCCACCGUUGCUCACGCUACUCCAGUCGUUGCUGCUGCUCCAGCCGUCGCCACCACCAGUUACCAUGCCCCAGCUUUGGCCACUGUUGCCUACGCUGCUCCAGUGGUUGCCGCUGCUCCAGCUGUUGCUUACGCCGCUGCCCCUGCCGUAACCAAGGUUGCCACCACCUACCAUGCUCCAGUUGCCACCGCUGUCGCUGCCCCAGUCGCCACAUACGCUGCUGCUCCAGUGGCCACCGCUGUUGCCACUCCAGCCGUCGCAACCUACCACGCCGCCCCGGCUGUGACCACUACCACCGUCCACCAAGCCCCGGCCGUUGCCACUGUUGCCCACGCGGUCCCAGCUGUUGCCACCGUCACUCACGCCGUCCCAGCUGUCCCAGCUGUUGCCACCGUCGCUCACGCCGUCCCAGCUGUCCCAGCUGUUGCCACCGUCGCUCACGCUGCCCCAGUCUACGGAUACGGCGUAAGCACUCUCGGCUACGGCGUCGGCCACUACGGCUUCGGCUAUGGUCUUGGUGCCUACGGUCUGAACUACGGCUACGGCCUUGGCACUCCCGUCAGCUACCUCACUCUCCUCCGCAAGAGAAAGUCCUACUACUGUGCCCUCGACUCUCUUCAAGUUUCAAGCCGUGCAAGAAAGACCGAGCUAAAAGCCAAUCUGGGUAGCGGCGAAAAACUGGCAAAUAACGUUCUGCUGUGGAGGCUGAACCGGCACCUUGAGAAAAAUCAUAGCAGAUCACGGUCAGGCUCGCAGAAGCAAGGACAAAUCGCCAGUGCCUUCAGCCACGCUGUCGUCACGCCCGGCGUCGGUCUGGGCCAGGGUAUCGCACUGGGAGCCUCCUACGUUGCUGCUCCAGCCGUCACUCGCGUGGACACCUACCACGCUGCCCCGGCUGUCGCUGCCGUCGCUCCGGUGGUUGCUUCCGCCCCAGCUGUCACUCGCGUCGACACCUACCAUGCUGCACCAGCCGUCGCCACUGUCGCUGCUGCUCCAGCCACCACCGUCACCAAGGUGACGGAUACCUACCACUCUGCUCCAGCCAUCGCUAAAGUCGCCACUGUCCAGGCCGCCCCAGCUGUGACUAAGGUUGACACCAUCCAGACUAGCCAAGCUGUAUCCUACGCCGCUGCUCCAGCCGUGACUAAGGUUGACACCAUCCAGACGGCCCCAGCUGUCACCUACGCCGCUGCUCCAGCCGUGACUAAGGUUGACACCAUCCAGGCUGCCCCAGCUGUCACCUACGCCGCUGCUCCAGCCGUGACUAAGGUUGACACCAUCCAGACUGCCCCAGCUGUUACCUACGCCGCUGCUCCAGCAGUUACCAAGUUUGCCACUGUCCAGGCUGCCCCAGCUGUCACCUAUGCCUCCGCUCCAGUCGUAGCUUCUUACGCUGCUGUCCCAACUGUGACCAAGUUCGCUACCAUCCAGGCUGCUGCUCCAGUUGUGGCUGCCGCCCCAGCCGUGACCCGCGUUGACACUUACCAUGCCGCUCCAGCCGUUGCUACUGUGGCUCAUGCCGCUCCAGUCGUUGCUGCCGCCCCGGCUGUGACCCGUGUUGACACUUACCACACUGCUCCAGCUGUCGCUACCGUUGCUCACGCCGCGCCAGUCGUGGCUGCUGCCCCAGCCGUCGCUACUGUUGCCCACGCUGUUCCUGUCGUUGCGGCUGCUCCAGCACUGACCAAGGUAACCACCAUCUCCGAGACCCUUCACGCUGUUCCAUCCGUCGCCACUGUCCAUGCUGCUCCUGUCGUGGCUGCUCCAGUCUACGGAUAUGGCAUUGCAAAGCUUGGCUAUGGCCUAGGUCACUUUGGCUACGGCUAUGGCCUAGGCGCCUACGGUCUGAACUACGGCUAUGGCCUUGGCACUCCAUUCAACUACGCCAACCUCCUCCUCCGUAAGAAGAAGUAAACACCAUCUAAUAUUUAUGACUGCUCUGAAGAUGCCAACACACCUCAAGUCGGUAUUUUUAAUAAAGUAACCUUUGAGGAGA